AUGCAGCCUCCUGCUAAUGGGAAGUUGAUCACCAUCCUAAGCAUUGAUGGUGGUGGGAUUAGGGGAAUUAUUCCCGGUGUAAUUCUGGGUUUCCUAGAGUCCGAGCUUCAGAAGCUGGAUGGAGAGGACGCGAGAAUCGCAGACUACUUCGACGUUAUUGCCGGAACCAGCACGGGCGGCCUCAUCGCCGCGAUGCUGGCGGCGCCGGACAAGAAGAACCGCCCUCUAUACGGCGGCAAGGAUAUCAAGGCCUUCUAUUUGGAUCACUGCCCUAAGAUCUUCCCUCAGCCCAGAUGUCCGAGCAAAAUUGUCAACGCUGUAAGGAUGAUCAAAGCCGUGGCUGGACCGAAAUACAGAGGGAAAUAUCUGCACAGACUUGUUAAGGAGAAAUUGGGAGAUACCAGAUUGCACCAAACACUGACUAAUGUGAUUAUUCCAACAUUUGACAUCAAGGAAUUGCAGCCUACUAUCUUCUCCAGCUUCCAGGUGAAGAAGAACCCUAGCUUGGAUGCUUUAGUCUCAGACAUAUGCAUCGGAACUUCGGCUGCACCAACUUACCUUCCAGCCCACUAUUUUAGCACCAAGAACCCUAAUGGAUCAGCCAGGGAAUUCAAUCUUAUUGAUGGUGGCGUCGCGGCAAAUAAUCCGGCUCUAGUGGCUGUAAGUGAGGUGACCAAAGAAAUAAUCAAUGCGAACUCGGAUUUUGAUCUUCCUGAUAUGAAGCCAACAGACUAUACCAGGUUCCUGGUUCUGUCCCUGGGCACCGGUUCAUCGAAAUCUGAGAAAAAGUACAGUGCCAAGAAAGCAUCUAAAUGGGGUGUGCUCGGCUGGCUCACGAAUGGUGGUUCGACUCCUUUAGUUGAUGUCUACACACAAGCAACUGCCGACAUGGUGGAUAUUCAUCUCUCCACUGUAUUCCAGUCUCUUAAAUGCGAAAAUUACCUCCGCAUUCAGGAUGAUACAUUGACGGGAGAUGUGGCUUCGGUGGACACGGCCACAAGGGAGAACUUGGAGAAUGUUGUGAAGGUUGGAGAGGCAUUGUUGAAGAAGCCAUUGUCCAGGGUGAACUUGGACAAUGGGGUCUUUGAGCCUUUAAAUCAGGGUUCAAAUGAAGAGGCUCUCAAGAGACUAGCUGAAAAGCUGUCCAAGGAGAAGCAGCUCCGCCGAGGAAAAUUGUCGCCUCUAGGAACUAUAUGA